AUUUGAGACAUCGGUACCCAUGGACAUCCCUAGGAGUUACUACUAUUUAUUAUAAUAAACCCUAAGAACGAUAACAAAUCCUCGUUUCUUUCGUCGAGUGGACUCCUCACUCCCCAUCCGUCCAUGGCUUCUUCCUCGUCUUCGUCGUCGACGUGGAUGAUGGAGAAGGCGAGCGGGUCCCACCUAUUCAAGAUCGCCGACUACUCUCUGGCGAAGGAGAUUGGCGUGGGCAAUUCCAUCCGGUCUGCCCCUUUCACUGUCGGCGGCUACUACUGGAUUGUGGAAUGCUUUCCUUGUGGGGACGAAAAGGACAGUGCCGACUGCAUCGGCCUCUUUCUCACACUCGAAAGUGAUGUGGAUAAAAAUAAUGUACAGGUCUUCUACACUAUGAAUUUGGUAAAUUUGCUCGACCAAACUGGACCACCCUCGGAACCCUUGACCAAUGCGGACGUUUUUUCGAAAGAUAAUUGCAGUUGGGGUUGGGAUCGAUUUAUGCGGAGAGCUGAUCUCGAGAAAUCACGGUAUCUCAAAGAUGACUGCUUUACUAUCUAUUGCGCUGUUACCGUCCCGAAAGCUCCGAGAUUACAAGUUGGCAACGCAGGCGCCGUCGCGGCGCCGCCUUCCGACUUGCCCCAGCACCUCGCCCGGCUGUUGGAGAGCGGAGAGGGGACGGACGUGACCUUUGAAGUCGGCGGGGAGACUUUCGCGGCGCAUCGAUGCGUGCUCGCGGCCCGAUCACCCGUCUUCAGGGCGGAACUCUUCGGCAGUAUGAAAGAAAGGAGAGCGAGGUGCAUAAAGCUCGACGACAUGGAAGCCGCCGUAUUCAAGGCUCUGCUUCAUUUCAUCUACUCGGAUAAGCUGCCCUCGUACAUGGAAAAGCUUCACAAGGAGUCCUCGACCAUGAUGGCGCAGCACCUUCUCGUUGCUGCGGAUCGAUAUGGAUUGGAUAGGCUCAAGUUAAUCUGCGAAGACAAGUUGUGCCGAGAAAUGGAAAUCGAUACAGUGGCAAACACGUUGAACUUAGCCGAGCAGCACCAAUGCCGUCGGCUGAAAGCCAUCUGCCUCAAUUUUGUCGCCGCUCCCAGAGUGCUGGCUGCAGUCAUAGAAACAGGAGGGUUUGAGCACCUGGGAAUAAGUUGCCCCUCGGUUAUGAAGGAGCUCCUGAAGAAGAUAACUAACAUGACAGAUGAGUUACGUAGUUCGAAAAAGCGCAAGAUCGAUAAAGGCGGGAAGCGCUCCUAGUCCCUGGGCGCAAGGUGCUGGUACGCGUCUGAGAGAGAUCACUAGCUAUGUGAGUUGGCUCGACAGUGCAUGAAGUAUCUGUAGAAAGAGGUUAGGUAGUUGCUUUUGGAAGAUAAGCCAUUUUGUACAAGAACUACAUCUAUAUAUGUUCACAGAACUUAAAUGCCUUUGCGACGUUACAUUUUGUACCUAAUCAAGCAAAUGUUGAACUAAACUAGUAAUAUACCUCUUUUAACUGUUACUAACUUGUAAACAGUUCAAAUAUGAGUAACAUAACAGGUUGGAUACUUAA